AGGUCGAGUUGGUGGUGUGCGUUAGUGCGUGUGAAAGAAGAAAAAAAAGAAAGACGGGGAGAGAGAGAAGAGAUUGGGUACCCGCCACAGUGGCGCGUGCAUUUCCACACUCCAUGAUAAUCGGAUAACGUAUGUCUGUCUGUCUGUCUGUCUGUCGCAGCUAUGGAUGGGCCGGGACUUGGUUGACAAAGAAAGAGUUGCAGCAAAUUUUGAGAGAGAGACUACUAAUCCCUUUGAUUUCACUUCAUCCAUUUCAGCAGUAAGCAUCCAUCCAUCCAUUCAUUCAUUCAUUCUUUAACUUCUAGCUGUAAGAUUAGAGGGAGAUUCAUGGCGGUCCUGCUAAAUUCGAUGGUGUCUCCUAUGACAACUUCAGAAAACUCGAGAAACCCUUAUGGUGGUGGUGGUGGGUACCUUUUCCAUUAUCAAAAUCUUUGUCAUCUCUCAUUCAACAAGAAGAAGAAAAAGAAGAGUAAUUUGUUUAAGGUUUGGGCUUACACUCAAAUGUCGACCGUAUCUCCUAAAGAUAACGAUAAAGAUAAAGAUGAUAAAGAUGCUUCCGUAUUUAGUCUGCCCAAUUGGAGGACAACCAAGAACGACCCCAGAACCAAGGACCAUAAAUUGAAUGAUGCAUUCCUUUUUCUUGAAUACAUGGUCGGGAAGGGACACAAGGCAGAUAUGUUUCAAGCCACUCAGCUCUUAUACGAUCUUUGCAAGAUGAAUAAACUCAGAAAGGCCACCAGAGUCAUGGAGAUGAUGGUCAUUUCGGGUUCUACCCCUGAUCCUGCAUCCUACACUUUCUUGGUGGAUCACUUGUGCAAGAGGGGAAAUGUCGGCCAUGCCAUGCAGCUGGUUGAGAAAAUGGAGGAAUUUGGAUACCCAGCCAAUACUGUUACCUAUAACUCUCUUGUCAAGGGGCUGUGUAUGAAAGGCAACUUGAAGCAGAGCUUUGAGUUCUUGGAGAAGCUGAUGCAAAAGGGACUCAUUGUCCCUAAUGCUUUCACCUACUCUUUCCUUCUCGAGGCUGCUUACAAGGAAAAAGGAGUCGAUGAAGCUAUGAGGCUGUUGGACGAGAUUAUUAUUGGCAAAGGCGGACAGCCCAAUUUGGUAAGCUACAACGUCAUACUCACUGGUUUGUGCAAGGAAGGCCGAAUUCACGAGGCCAUUAUGUUUUUCAGGAGUUUGCCAUCAAAAGGUUUUACUCCGAAUGUUGUCAGCUAUAACAUCCUGUUAAGGAGCUUGGGUUACCAAGGUCGGUGGGACGAAGCAAACCAGCUUCUUGCAGAGAUGAUGGCGGGGGGUCACGAGGACAGCUCCCCGUCGGCAGUGACCUAUAACAUAUUGAUCGGAGCGCUGGCCUUUCACGGGCGAACUGACGACGCACUUCACUUAUUGGAGGAGAUGUUCAAUGGCCCGUUUAAGCCCACGGCUUCAACAUUCAACCCGGUUGUUGCCAGCCUCUGCAAAAAGGGCGAUGUUGAUGCCGUGGUCAAGUGCUUAGACCAGAUGAUAUAUAACAGGCGUUGCGUUCCUAAUGAUGGAACCUAUAACGCCAUCUCCGUCCUGUGUAGGGAAGGGAAAAUGAAAGAGGCUUUCAUAAUAAUACAGAGUUUGAGUGGUAAGCAAAACCAAAAUAACAACUCUCUGCAUGAUUUUUACAGAAAUGUUGUUUCUAGCCUGUGUAGAAAAGGGAAUACUUAUGAAGGGUUUCAACUUCUAUACGAAAUGGUGACAAAGUCUGGGUUUACGCCGGAUUCAUUUACGUAUUCGUCCCUGAUAAGAGGGAUGUGCAUGGAGGGUAUGCUGGAAGAAGCAAUUGAGGUGUUGCGCAUAAUGCAAGAAGAGGAUGAGGAGAAUGGUGCAGAAAAGCCAAAGCGAAAACCGGAUAUAGACAACUUCAAUGCGCUUGUUCUUGGGCUAUGCAAAUCGAGCCGAACUGACUUGGCCCUGGAAAUUUACGAGGAGAUGAUCGAGAAAGGGUACAUGCCUAACGAGACAACUUACACGAUAUUGGUGGAAGGAAUGGCUCAUGAAGAGGAGAAGGGGCUGGCCUCCUCUGUUUUGAGAGAGCUGUACUGGAAGAAGGUUAUCAGUAGGAACACAGUGGAGAGGCUUGUCAUGCAGUACCAUCUUCAGCUGCAGUUAUAACUAACUUAACUAACUAUCUAAUAUAAAGAAAAAGAAAGAGGCCAAGGAAUUAAGAAUUCAUUUUCAUUUCCUUUUUUUUUUUUGUAUGCUGUCAAUUAUGUUAUUAAUAUUCAAAUUUCUUAUA